AUGAAGUUGUUUCUACUUCUGGCAGGUGUGGCGGUGGCGCUGGCGGUGCCCAGGUUGCCGACCGCUCGUGACUUCUACGUCGAGGAGCAUGAUGAUGAUGGCUUGACCUUUAUCGUCAUUACGGAAGGUGGGCAGGAGCGCAUUGUCCUCGGAAAAAUCGGUAGAAAAGUCGACAAGCAGGACAAUGAGGUGUUCUUCGAGUUGACUGAGGAGCGUGACGUGGCCAGCGGAGGAUACCACGUCACCAUCACGUGGGAAGGGCCCAGUGAUAGGGUGUUUGAGGACUGCUUUGACUUUGGUGACAGACAAUGGUUCGGUGGCCCGGAACAGAAAGAACAGUACUGGCCAAUCCAAAAAUCUAAAAUCGAAAAAUACUCGAUCAUUUCAAAAGAAGCCGAUAACUCAGCCGUCUCCGAAAGAUAUUGGGUCAACUCUAAGGGUUGGUAUGUCUACAUUCAACCAGAGGCACCUCUUUUCGUGGACCAUCACAAUAUCCUGGACAACCACAUUUGCUUUGUUGCUGAGGUUGCAGCUCCUUAUUCCACCAAACGUACUCGCAACGUUCUGAAGUACGACCUUUGGUUCUUCGAUGAUGCAAAGCAAGCCCAUCAACACGCAGUGGACACAUAUCUGGGCAAACCAUCAGGGAUUCCCGACUACAGAAUGAUCCAAUACCCAGUUUGGUCCACAUGGGCGAGAUACUCUAGAGGAAUUGACCAAAACAGCCUUUGGGCUUUUGCCAAUGAAAUCAAAGACAGCGGAUUCCCGAAUGCACAAUUCGAGAUCGAUGAUCUAUGGGAAAUUUGCUACGGGUCUCUAACAGUUGAUGAGAGGAAACUGCCAGAUUUAAGACAACUCGUCAAGGACAUUAAAGGUCUUGGAUUCAGAGUAACCAUAUGGGUACAUCCCUUCAUUAAUAAGGACUGCGAUCCGUGGUACUCCGAUGCUUUGAAUAAAGGUUACCUGGUCCUCAACGAGAAUGGCAGUCCAGACACGUCCUGGUGGAACAACAACGGCUCGGUGCCCGCCUACAUCGAUUUCACCAACCCUGAGGCAGCCGAUUGGUACAGCAAGAGGAUCCAGAACCUUCUGGACACCUACGAUAUCGACAGUAUCAAGUUUGAUGCUGGAGAAUCUAGCUGGUCUCCUCAAGUUCCAGUUCAAAAUGGCGAUAUCGAUCUCCACCCCGGCCACAUCGUCCAGGCCUACGUGAGAACCGUGGCAGCAUUUGGACCUAUGAUCGAAAUCCGAUCAGGAAUGAGGACUCAAGACCUGCCAGUGUUUAUCCGGAUGGUCGACAAGGACACGUACUGGGGCUACAACAACGGUCUCAUCACGCUGGUGACCACUCUCCUGGCGAUGAACCUGAACGGCUACACGCUGGUGCUGCCCGACAUGAUCGGAGGCAACGGGUAUAAUGACAAGCCGUCCAAGGAGCUGUUCGUGCGAUGGCUGCAGGCCAAUGUGUUCAUGCCAACACUGCAGUAUUCCUUUGUACCCUGGGACCAUGAUGAGGAGGCUGUAGAGAUUUGUCGGCGCUACACGCAGUUACACGCGGACUACGCAGACGAGAUUGUGGCUGCCAUGCAGGCAUCCGUCGAGAACGGCACGCCGGUCAACCCGCCCAUCUGGUGGCUCGACCCCUUGGAUCAGGAAGCGCUGGCUGUGGGAGACGAAUUCCUCCUCGGUGAGCGUAUCCUGGCAGCACCAGUGGUGGAGGAGGGGGCAGUGUCCCGCGACAUCUACCUCCCCAGAGGCCAGUGGAGGGAUGGAGUGACCGGCGAGCUGGUCACCGGACCCACCUGGCUGCGAGACUACCCCGCGCCGCUCGACACCCUGCCCUACUUCACUCUUGAGGGUUAAAGGAACUCUUGAUCUUUGUGAUGCUAUUCUUCUUCUGUCGCUAAGAAGUUCAGAAUGUUCUUCUAAUUAAGUUUUUGAGGAUAGAAGAAUUUGUUAUACCUAUUGAGUAGGUUAACAAGAAUAAAAAUUAUAUUUAAUUACAUAAAUAGUCGUUAUAAUUCUGUCUGUCACGUUAAAAAGUUUUACUUAGUACACACGCUAUUUAUUAAAUUUUACAUCAUCAUAUUUUUACCCACAAAAUUCCUCCUACUGAUCGCACCAGCUGCAACGUCUAAUGGCUACUUAAAUUUCAAACGCGUGAUUUUUUGUAAAUAUUUUUUACU